UCGUCUUCGUUACUUGUAGGAUGAACGUUAUCAGACAUGGUGUGGCUGAACUCAAUCCAAAUCUAAAAAUGUCUUGAUUUGACCGCUUCUGACAAACUUCACGAAUUGUCGAUGUGGUGCAUCAAUCAGCUUGCAACAGUUUGACCUUCAAGUGCUCGCAACCUUUAUCAGUGGACGAUACCCUAGGAGCGUUGCCAAGUGAUUUUAAUUAAAUCAGGUGGACUGAAGGCCGGAUUAAUUGGAAGAAACUAGCGAGACAUCGUGUUCUCACCAUUCAAUGUGAAAUAUAUAAAACGAAUUAUUAGUGGAUCUCACAAAAAAGGUGUAAUAAACGCGGAAGCCUUUAGUAAAAACGAAACAUCCCGAUAACUUCACUCCUACUGCUAUAUGAUAUCAUAUAUUAUAUAAUUAUGAAAUCCUAUGUAGCCGUGGUCAUUUACUCGGUCAAUUCAAAAAAUUCUGUGUUCCAGAAGAUGCGGGUUAGAUCUUUGAAAAUGGGUAUAGAAAAGGUUGAUGCCUUCGAUAAACUAAUGUUAUUUGAUUCGCUCCGAACCAGUUCGAAUUCCUGAUUUUGAAAGGUUUUGUAUGCCACCAGUUUUCUGCUCUAGAUAAUGUACGAAGAUAAAUGCUUUUUCAAGAGGAUGUUGCGUAUAUUAACCCUAUUCAAUACUCGAACACAACUGGUAGAGUGAGAGCUUAUGGCGAACUGUCGUCAGAAUUGAUUACCUCAAGUGGUGUUCGUCAGGGCUGUCCACUCUCCCCAUUCUUGUUCAACUUUGUGGUCGACGUACUUUUAGAGAUAACACUCUCCUCAUCUAAAUUUCCAGGGGUUGAACUCCUACCGGGAGGUUCACUUGUUGACUUGGAAUAUGCAGAUGACAUAGUUUUAUUUGGCGAAGAAGCUGACAAAAUGCAGAGUCUUCUGACCACUCUAAGCAACAAUGCAAGCUUGUUCGGGAUGCGAUUCUUUCCCUCGAAAUGCAAAAUGUUGCUUCAGGAUUGGGUUACAUCGACACCCGAACUAGUGAUAGGGAGUGAAGUAGUUGAGUGUGUCGACCGCUUCACUUAUCUUGGAAGUCUCAUCAGCCCUUGUGGUCUGGUGUGUGACGAAAUCUCAGCACGGAUACAGAAGGCUCGACUAGCUUUUACCAACUUGCGUCAUUUAUGGCGUAGGCGAGAUAUCCGUCUAUCAACCAAAGGACGUGUUUACUGUACAGCAGUUCGUUCCGUCCUACUUUAUGGCAGUGAAACAUAGCCGGUAAGAGUAGAGGAUAUCCGUAGGUUACUAGUAUUCGAUCAUAGGUGUCUUCGAAACAUUGCUCGUAUAUCCUGGGACCAUCGAGUAAGUAACACAGUUGUUAGGAAACGGGUACUAGGUAAGGAUGGCAAAUCAAUUGAUGAGGUAGUGAAACUUCAUCAGUUGAGAUGGCUGGGACACGUGUUACGUAUGCCCAACCACCGACUACCUCGACGUGCUAUGUUCAGUGGUAUAGGAGUAGGUUAGAAGAAAUCUAGGGACGGCCAGAUCAAAACAUGGCACAAGUCCAUGAAGUCACUGGCAAGUGGACUGAGUCAUGUUGGUAGGUGUAGACUACCUGGUUGGGGACCGCGAGAUGAUAGCAACCGAUGGUUAGAGACCCUGAAUGACAUGGCUCGAAAUCGUUUGCAAUGGCGCAGGUGCAUCCACUCUUUGUGUUCUCCCAAAUUCUAAUCUGAAUUCUUCAUGUCCCUUUCUUUUUUCUCUUUCCAAUUUUAUUUCCCUGGAUUAAACUCUUUAAAUAACAUCUCCAAACCCUAAUCUUUCCGAUUACUGCUUAUACUCUUACCGCCUCUACAACUACGGGAUUUGAAUCGACAACUGCAUCUCUGUGCUAAUGUGGUGUGGCAACUCGAACUGAUGUACGUACGUACGAAGUUCUACGUUGUUACUGACUGACUGACUGAUUCAAUUUGUCAGUUUAGUCACAGAAAUAACUUCGCUUUACUGUUUCGAAUAAGUAUACAAUAAAGAGUAUGUCCGUAGGUAGUAUUGCUCAGAAAUCAUGCUCCCCUAAAUAACCGACGUGAAGGCGAAAAAGCUACAUUUCCCCUGUAGCGGUAAAUAAAUCGUCUUUAUUUCCCCUUAAUUGGUUGCUCAAACAGAGGCACAAGUAUGUUUUCUAGAUCUCAAAACUACUGAACGAAGUAAAGCUAUUUAUGCUCAAAAAAUAUAAUCCAGGAGUUAUAAACAAAAGGAGUAACAACAAGGUAUUAUACAGUUUUCUUGAGCUGUUGUUAUGUGUACAGGACUUACGCCUGUUAAUCCUUGGGUGAGGAUAGGCCGCCGACUAGCAUUCUUAAUCGAAAUCUGUUUUUGAACAAUCCUUUCCAGUUCUUCCAGAUCCUAUUCAUUCUUUUCAUGUCUGCUUCCAAUUGUCGACGCAAUCUCUUCGUCAAUCUUCCUCCUUUCCGUUUACCUUCAUGACUCUAAGUCAGGGCUUCCCUCGUGAUUCAACUGGAUGAUUUCCUCAAUGUAUGUCCUGUCCACCUCCAGUGUCUUUUCCUAAUUCCCUCUUCAGUUGGGAGUUGCUUUGUUCUCUACCACAGUAGUUCGUUGCUGAUGGUAUCCGACUAACAGACAUUCGGUAUCUUACGAAGACAAUGCUUUAUAAAUACCUGUACCUUCUUAAUGACGGUUGUGGUAGUUCCCGAAGUUUCAGCUCCGUACGGUAGAACUGUCUUUACGUUCGUAUUGAAGAUUCUCACUUUGAUAUUGGUUGACAGUGGUUUUGAGUUCCAUAUGUCCUUCAACUGUAGGAGUGCGGCUGUUGCUUUGCCAAUCCUCACCUGCACACCUGCAUCGAAUCCUCCUUGUUCAUCGAUGGUGCUACCCAGAUACGUGAUAAUUUCCACCUCUUCCAGAGCUCCUCCAUCAAGUGAGAUUGUGUUGGUGUCCUGUGUGUUGUAUUUGAGGAUGUUGCUUUUUGCCUUGUGUAUGUUGAGGCCUAUUGCUACAGAGGCUGCUGCUACACUGAUUGUCUGCAUCUUCAUCCUUGUCUGGUCGCUCGGGUUUAUAAUAUUUCCCUGCUUAUUUCUUCAUUGUAUCAUAUCUCCUUCUCUUGCAACUUUUUUGAAUCUUGCUUAGGGUAUCUAUAUAGAACCAUUCUUUGUGAUGGUGCUUCUUGCGGCCUAGCACGUUGAAGUUUGUGCUUCAAUCUCUAUUUAGUUGUUCUGUGAGUAGAUUUUGUAAAGUUUGGAACCUGUUGCUGCGACCUAUCUGGAAUUAGUUGAGUUUGUCAGUAUCUUGAAGAAAGGCUGUAUUGAACCUUUGUAAUACUGUUUCUUCAGUUGUCCAGUGCUUUUUUAACUUCAGCCUCAUCUGGACCACACGCAAUUGAUGAUUUGAAGCUAUUCCAGCUCUAUUUCUUCUCACUUCUUCCAUUGAUCUGAAUUUUUUAGUGUUGCAAAUACGAUCAGUCUGGUUCUCUGUAGCGUGAUCUUGUAAGACUCAUGUAGCUUUGUGUAUGCAGGUAUGGGGAAUAUUGUUUCGCCUAUAACCAUUUUAUUGAACGCACAUAAAUUUGCAAAUCUGUCACCAUUUUUGUUUCUUUCUCCCAGUCCAUGUCGUCCCAUGAUAUCUUCAUAACUGGUGUUGACCAUCCCGACUUAGGCGUUUAGUUCUCCCAUCACGAUGGUCAGAUCAUAGGCAGUACUCUACGAUCGACUGCAACUUCAUAAAACACCUUUAUCGUCGUCGUUGUUAUCAUUGGUGGGUGCAUAACAUUGGACAACAUUCAUUGUGAUUCCCUUCAUUGUUUUGAAUUAUUCUCUGAUGAUUGCUCAUCCAUGAGAUUCCCAUCCUAUAGUUGCUUUUCGUGCUUCUUUGGACAGGACCAGAAUAACUCUCUGAGUGCUUGAAGCAUUUUCCUCUUCGUGACCGAACUACAGCAGCAUCCCUCCCGAAUCUAUCCUUUUCUAUCCAGCUUGGGUCGAAUGGAUUUCACUGAUUCCGAUCGUCGCCAAGUUGUACCUCGUCAUUUCCUCCCGGUUUCUCACGUUGUGCGUACGUCCCAUAUACCUAUAUUCAUUGUUGCUGUGGUUUUUAGAAGGGGCAUCGGCCUCGUGACUGACGAAGAAUGAGGCGUGAUAAUCCUCCUACAUAGAUAUUCUUCAAGUCGCAGGACAGAGUUUAAAUGCUUUAUAAGACUUUCUGGCAAACGUUUGUUGUUAGGGUUGUUUUCUACCGGAUGGGGUUUCUGACCACGUGCUUAACCCUCCUCUCUUUGGGCUUAGGACCGACAAUAAACCAGGAUACCUCAAGAUACUAAGGUGGCUAAUGUUAGUGAUUAGCUUCCAAAUAAUUUAGUUACGUUAGGUGUUGUGUUUCUUCUAUGAUUACUACUAUUGUGAUUCAUUCUGAUAUGAAACAGGAGAAAAAUUGGCUAUCAGAAUUACUAGUUAAUUAAAUUAAUAAUAUUCAUUAACCGAGUGAAGACUAUACUGGUACCAUAAAUACAUUUUCUAAAUUUUUUACAAUAUGUAUUUUAAUUUUAGUCUUGUAGUGUAGAUCCAUCUUUAUCAUGGUCUGUUGAAGGUUCUUCUUAUAAGGAAAGAUGGGUUCCUGUAACUCCACACGCAGCCAGUGGUUUCCUUGUUUCGGACCGUAAUUCAUCAAUGAGUUCUACAUUGAAUUAGAAACUGUUUCUGGUUCCGAAAAAUCUUGUGUUUCAUUCACUUUACGUCCAGAUUACCACGAUGACCAGGGUCUACUUUGUCUUCCAGUUUCUUCAGUUAGCGGAAUUUUGGAUGAAAUUUACCUGUACUAUCUGUUUAUAUUUGGCUACAAACCACUUCAUACAGACCACAGAACACCUCUCUACUUGUGCCUCCCUCCAGUCAAUUCAUCCCUGCAUCAAAAUGCAACCUCCCAACCAAUCAUAGUCGGUCAUGCUGGUGCUGGUGUAAAACGUGCACAUCAUGGUAAAGGGCUUGAAUGGCCUGAGAACACAAUAUGCGCCUUUCGACGUGCUGAGCAACUUGGAGUAACAAUGGUGGAAUGUGAUGCAAAUAUCACAAAAGAUUCUGAAGUCGUUUUACACCACAACUUCACACUAGGAGUAUGUGAGCAACCGAGAAAAUCUGAAAACGAUCCACCAACUUUCAUUUUAGAACAUAAAAACAAUAUGGUUACAUGCUGGACCCAGAUACGUUAUACUAUCUUCAUUUAACCCUGACGUAUGCUUAACUUUAAGGUUAAAGCAAUCUUUUUUUCCAGUCUUGUUUAUUUCCCGUGGUGGUUAUCCAAAUGAUAGUAGUCACAAGUCAGAUCCACGACACCACAACAUAUUCUCUGCAAUAAGUUGGGCACAUAUAAUGAACUUAAAUGGGAUUGUUACAGUGGGAUAUCAUUUCGGUUCGACAAAUGAUGUGGAUGAAAGGCAGCUC